AUCAGGUCACAAAGGGGAAGCGGUCCACACUAUUUACAAUGGGGACGGAAGCCCGCUGACCUCAACUGAGGGUAUAAUCAGGUGGUAGAAAGAUUACCUCAAGACCUUUCCGAAUCCCACCGACACACCAUCCGCAGAACAAGCAGAGUGUGAGGACCCAAACGCUGACAAGUCCAUCACUAUGGCUGAGGUAGUCAAAAAACUCCACAGUGGCUAAACUCUGGGGGUGGACAAGUUUCCUGAAUUCCUCAAGGCCCCGGAUGUUCCUGGAAUAAAUAUAGUAGCUUCCUGUCUUGGUGAAUGGUUAAGUUCUGCAGACCAAUGAAAGGGCAGCUGCGCGGAUGCAGCAGUGAUCCAGGAAAAAACAGCCCAUUGUUCCUGGGACUUCGGAGAAGUGUGACCUCCAUCCCCUCCUGCUGGCCUCGCCUGCUUGGCCUUGCUGCGCGCCAAAGACGCAGUACCCUGCUGGCAGGUCACCAUGAGCGGUGGAGUCAAUGUGAGGUCCACCCUUCAGCCUCCUCCCCCCUCUGGAAUCCCACUCCCACGUACGCUCUUACCCACCUCCCCCAAAAGGGACAGGCACCGCAGGACCAGUGACCUACCUAAGGCCUUGACCCACUCCUCCAAACAAACAGCCAUACACACACCCACGCAGUCUCCAUCACUGUGCCCUCCGAGCACCAGUCUCCACAAGUCCUCCCGUGUGGACUUGCCGACAGAUGUUGGCCUGAAGCCUCCACUCCUCCAUCAGACAGGUGAAAUUCAUGCUCGCCAGACCUCUUCUUUGGCCUACAACAGCCCACUGACCCAGAGGCGGGUGUCACCGCCACACUCCAAAGACACCCUGGAUCUGGGAAAGCCCACGCAAACUAAUAGAGAUUUUUCACUUGAUGGUAAUUGUAAUAGAAAUCCAUGCACCAAUAGAAACCAAGCAUGGGCCACCAGCAACCUGCGUUCUCCACUCCAGUUCAGAAGAGUUGACUAUUCCAGUUCCAAGGUGGUUAGUUAUGUUGUGCCGGGAAGAGAGAAAGAGGCUGCAAAAACUGACCCGUCCGAGUCCAUUAAUGGUAACAUUUACCAAACCCUCACUCAAAUUAGUCAUCAACCAACCAUCAGCGGUCCAUGCGAGUCCACCAUCCAAUCAGACGAAGAAAUGGGGACACCGGAGGAACCAAGUCAAGCUUCCUCUACCAGUCUCCCGCUGCUGCCACCAGGCAUGCUGGCCAUGCCUGUGAUGUGCAAGCGACCUGUGGGUAUGCUGGAUGAAGGCCUGCAAAAGGAGUCUGAAUCAUCAGAAACACAAGGUCCAAGAGUGAACAUGGCUGCUGUUGCUCCCUUCAGCUUCAGGCUGCAGGUGCAGGAGGGUGAUUUGUCACUGGACGAACUAAGUGACUCAUCUGGAUCCAUAGAAAUCUGCUGCGAUGACUUGACACCAGGAGGGAUGCUGGAGGCUAAUGUUGCUAACAUUAGCAUGACAGCAAAGUCAAGGGAGCUGCACCUCAGGACUCCUGCUGUCUCCAGCCAGAAUUCUUCAGCCCAGUCCAUGGCCUCAAGGAAACCCCCGGCAAAGCCAUCUGCUCUGCCCCAGGGACCUUCUCGUCCCUCCAGGUCAGAGCUGAAAGUCUACCGGCCAACUACUGGGUCCAUUCCAAUUCCAGUCCCCAAUCCAUCCAAGCUCCGCAAGCAGCGAUCACUUGGCAAUUUAUGUGUGCUCACUGAUGCUGAGAAGAAGCUGCACCUGUACCAGACUCCCAGGUGGAAUGAUGAUUGCGGCCAGCCUGGUGCUGGCACGAACAAAGCUGGGAAGACUAAAACAGGUCAGGAUGUGGGUGGGAAAACAUCGCUAUCCAGAACACUUUCAAAGUCAGAACAGUCCCUUUUCCAGGGAAAGCCUAAACCUUUUAACUCCCAAUCUGUGACAUCAAAUUUGGGCAAGACGAGUAGAAUCCCAGCACCCGGAAAACCACGGGGCCCUUUUGCAGAGGUCAAGCCCAUCAGCAAGACCUCUGAGACAGGUCAGAGUCCAGGACCAGACCUUGCUGAACACCCAGUUAAGGAUAAUGGUACCCUAAGUACUGGGGAUAAUGACAAGAAACUUGGGGAGAGGGGAAGAUCUCCCGUUUUGAACGAGGACAAGAAGGAGAGGAAGGUUGUAGAAGAAGACGAUAAGAACUUUUUAAAGGUCGACCCGGAGUUAGUGGUGACAGUUCUGGGGGACCUGGAGCAGCUGCUGUUCAGCCAAAUGCUAGACCCAGAAUCCCAGAGGAAGAAGACAGUGCAAAAUGUUUUGGACCUGCGACAAAACCUGGAGGAAACCAUGACCAGCCUGAGAGGGGUGCCGCUGAGCCACAGCUGCAUGGAGGGGACCAUGUGCUAUGACAGUGAUGAAGCUGCUGCGUUUUCCAUUUCCAGUCUAUCGAAUCGAUCCUCUCCCCUGUCAUGGCGUCACGGUCAAGCAAGCCCACGUCUCCAGGCUGGCGACGCCCCAUCCACGGUGGUCAACACCCCGUCGGACCUUUCCCUACGCAUCAGCCACACCUCUCGCAUCAACCUCAUUGAAGCUCUGGAUGACUCGUCGCUGCUGAAAGGAGAUUACCUCAGCGAUAGUGACCUCGGUGGGAAAAGCCCAAAUGAGGAUGAUGAAGAUGAUGUCAAUAUUGAUGAUCUGGCAAAUGGUUGGGACGAGAGUAGCUCCAUCAGCAGCGGACUGAGUGACGGCUCUGACAACCUUAGCUCUGAAGAGUUCAUCACAAGCCCCACCCUCAACUCGCUUCCUUCCACUCCCAUCGGCUCCCGCAGAAAUUCAGCCAUUGUGAUGCGGACAGAUGCUGAGAAAAGGUCUCUGGUGGAAAGUGGACUGUCAUGGGACAGUGACAAUACCAAACCCAGCCGCAAGAGUCAGGGCAGCAGCACCUACGAUACAGGAAGCCUCAAGUCGGAAUCAGCCAAUAAAUGGAAAAAAUCGAGGCUGCAAGUAGACGUUCUUGAAGGAGGGAAGGGCGAACUGAAGAAACCUCAGACAUUGAGCUACGGGAAUGUGUUGAAGAAAGGAAGAAACCCACCAGUGGGAGUCACCUCACCCAUCACACACACACCUCAGAGUGGGAUCAAAGUGUCAGUGAAGACAGAUGGAAAGCCAUCAGAUAAAUCUCGGCUAGCAGUGAAAAAUUCCAGUCUUCAGCGCUCCUCUUCUGAUGCCGGGAAAGAUCAUCGGAACGGGACCGGUUCUUGUGAACAACGUAAACCGCCAUCAGGUCUUGCCAGGCCCUCGACUGGAGGAAACUUUGGUUACAAAAAGCCCACACAAAAUAAUAGCAGUUCACACACUGCGAGUGCAGGUGGCAACAUUCCAAAGACGUCUGGUAUUCCGGUCAAACCAGGGAUAGGUGGACGUAAGACAAGUCUUGAUGUCUCUAACAGCGACCAGAGUGGGUUUUUGUCUCCAAAUGCCAGGACAUCACUUCAGUACCGCUCUUUGCCACGCCCUGCCAAGACAAGCACCUUAACGCUAACCCGGCCAAGCUCGGCACGCCCAGUGAGCACCACCAUGGACGGAGGCUCUGGGCUGGUCAAACCCUCUAGCACAGCCCUUCAGGCCGCGAGGCUCAAAGAACAGGCCGGACUCAGUUCAGGAACAGGGUUGAGUAAGACGGGCAGUCGUGGAAUCCCAAGUCCUGUUAAUCAAACAGACAGGGAGAAAGAGAAGGAGAGAGCCAAAGCUAAAGCUGUUGUGUCUGACUCAGAGUGUGGAGGAGGGUCUCUGAAGGGAACUACUUCAGAGAAUGGUGGGAGGUUGCAUGGCCUGAGACCUCCCAGUGGUAGCAAGGGCACAGAUCUGCUCUCAUCCAACUCACACAGAUCAUCUGGAACUCGCAGCCUGACAAAGCCUCCGUCUGUUGCCCAACUUGACAAGCUGAACUCCAACAGCCUGGAGGUCAGCGCUCAGGACUCCUUGCCACCUAAGAUUCCUCCUUACUCCAAACUUCAAGAUUUAGCUAGCUCCACGAACCCCUGCCUUACCCCGAGCCCAGCCCCUUUGCUCAAUAUCAACUCUUCAGCCUGCUUCUCAGGCUCAGGGAUCGGUUUGGGGCCCAGGCAAGUCACGUCUCUCGGCGUUGACACCGGGAGAACCUCUCCCUUGCUCUACCCUCGCCUGUCAGGGCUGCAUCGCAGCAUGGAGUCCCUGUCCUUACAGAUGAGCGUGGCUCCAGAGCUGCAGGAGAGGAACCGAGAGAAGUUGAUGAGAAGUGGGUAUGACCCCAGCGAGUCUAGAGACAAAGAUCAACAUGAAGAUAAAGGCCCUCCUGUCAGCUGGAGGUCUGGAAGUAAAGUCUCCAAGACAGACACAGACAGUUCUCAUAGGGACAGAAACACUCUACCAAAGAAAGGUUUAAGCUUCAGCAGUGCCUCUCAGAGUGAGGAUGAAGGGAAGGAGAAAGGAGAGAGGAGACACUCUCACACUAUUCUGACCAUGACCGACACUCUCGCUCUUCCGAUGUUGUCCUCACCCUCCUCCCUGCCCCGCUCCUCCAAGACCAGUACAGUACCAAGCCCAGUUGGUGCACCUCCGAGAAUGAUUCGAUCCAACAGCAUCCCAACACAGGAAGCCUCCCUGGAGCUUUACGGGGCAUCUCCGCUGGGAAGCACGUUGUCACUGGCUGAACGUCCACGCAGCUUGGGAAUGGUACGCUCCGGUUCCUUCAGGGAGAAGGAGCCAAAUGAUGAAGUUAAUGGAUCUGUAAUCUCCUUGGCAUCCAACGCUUCGUCAAGCUACUCCUCGGUGAGUGCAAGCGCCAUUCAUUCACAGUCAGAGGAAAGGAUUCAGGGGGAGCAAAUCCGGAAGUUAAGGAGAGAACUGGAUUCUUCCCAGGAGAAGGUGUCCAACCUGACCACACAGCUGACAGCCAACGCAAACCUGGUGGCAGCCUUCGAGCAAAGUUUAUCCCUGAUGACAACCCGCCUGCAGAGUCUGUCAUUAAGUCAUGAACAGAAGGACACAGAGCUGAUGGAGCUGCGGGAGACCAUUGAAUCCCUAAAGGCCCGAAAUGAAGAAGCACAGGCCGUCAUACAUGGAGCCUUAAACAACCAAGAUAACAUGAAAGACAUGCGUAUUCGACGUCAGAACUCGUGUGAAAGCAUCUCUAGCCUCAACAGUCUGACCAGUAUGUCGAGUGUGGGCAGCUUGAAGGACCAGGAUGCCAAGAAAAAGAAGAAAAAGAGCUGGCUGAGAAGCUCCUUCAACAAGGCCUUCAGCAUCAAGAAAGGCCCCAAAACCUACUCAGAUAUUGAGGAAAUUGCUACUCCUGACUCUUCCGCUCCAAACUCACCAAAGAUGCUUCAUGAGGGAGCAGAUCCAGGAGAGAACCUGCCAUCAACCCUCAAAACCUCUACAUGUGGCACCUCGGCUGAGAUCCUGGAGACAGCAGAGGAGGGAAAUGGUGAUGAAAGGGCAGUAACAGAACUCCGCUCAGAGCUCUGGGAGAAAGAGAGAGAGCUUACAGACAUCCGCCUGGAGGCUUUAAACUCCGCUCAUCAGCUGGAGCAGCUCCGAGACGCCAUGAACAACAUGGAGUCAACAGUGGAGAGUCUGAAGGCGGAGAAUGACCAUCUAAAAGUCGGAGGUCAGCUCCAUUUUGCAGGCUCCGGCCCCUCCUCCUCCACCUCGCAGCCAUCAGGGUUGGCCACCUUCCUGGGACCUUCCCUGAGACAGCCCAUGUCCCUCACCAAGUCCUUCAGCCUCAGUCUGAAUGAUUGUAAAGGAUCAGAUGUGUUUCCAGGCAGCAUGUUAAAUGUGUCUUCUCAGCUGGAAGAGGUGUGCGCACAAGUGCUGGUGCGCAUCACAGAUCCAGCUGAGGAGAACAAACCGCAGCAGGAACAUUACCUGGGCUCAGUUCUGGUUGGCGAGAAGAUCGAGUGGGCUUAUCUCGACUCCAUUAUAGCCAAGACAUUCAGAGAGUACCUAACACAGGUGGACCCAACAGCCAGCUUGGGUCUGUCCUGUGAGUCACUACACAUGUAUCAGCUGACUCAGGGUGUGCAGAGGGUGAUUGGAGGAGACAAACCUCACACGUCGCCUUAUCAAUGUCUCAGUGGCAGUCCAACACGCAUCUUUGUCACCUUGAAAGGUCUCAGAGAACAAAGUGUGGACUCCCUAGUGUUUGAAACCCUUAUUCCGAAGCCCAUGAUGCUGCACUACAUCAGCCUGCUCCUAAAACACAGGCGUCUGAUUCUCUCCGGGCCCAGUGGGACUGGGAAGACUUAUUUGGCUCAGCGUUUGGCCCACUACCUCCUGCGGCGCAGCCACAAUGACUCGCCUGAGGUGGAUCACGAGCCAGGUCAUGUUGGUCGCGGUUCCGCUGUCACCUUCAACAUGCAUCGUCAGUCUCAGAAGGAUUUGCAGUUGUAUCUGUCCAAUGUAGCCAAUCAGAUCGACAGACAGAGCGGAGGUGAGCUGCCGCUGGUAGUUAUCAUUGACGAUAUCAGUGAUGCAGGCGCCAUCACCGAUCUCAUCAAUGGAGCGCUCACCUGCAAGUAUCAUAAAUGUCCUUACAUCAUUGGAACCACCAACCAACCUGUGAAGAUGUCAUCUAACCAUGGACUCCACCUUAGUUUCAGGAUGGUGACAUUCUCUAACAAUGUGGAACCGGCUAACGGUUUCCUCCUGAGGUACCUGCACCGUAAAGUUGUGGAAGCCUACCAGAAGCAGGAGCAUGACGCGGAGCAGCACCAGGCUCUCCUCUGCGUUCUGGACUGGGUCCCACAGCUUUGGUACCACCUCCACACAUUCCUGGAGAAACACAGCACUUCUGAUUUCCUUAUAGGUCCUUGCUUCUUCCUGUCAUGCCCUGUGUCAGUGGCAGAGUUCAGAAAGUGGUUCAUUGAUCUGUGGAACCACUCCAUCAUACCAUACCUGCAGGAGGGAGCCAAGGAUGGCAUCAAGGUGCAUGGUCAGAAGGCAGUGUGGGAGGAUCCGGUGGAGUGGGUGAGAGGGACCCUCCCUUGGCCCAGUGCACAGCAGGACCAAUCCAAACUCUUCCACCUACCUCCCCCCAGCAUAGGGCUGCUUAGUGAGGAGAAGAAGCCCGACAAAGACACGCCUCCGCCGAGCACACUGGAUUCUGAUCCACUGAUGAUCAUGCUUCUGAAGCUCCAGGAGUCAGCAAACAGCAUCGAGUCACCUGAGCGAGAAGGCAGCUUGGAUCCAACUCUGCAAGCGACACUCUGAGGAGAAAAGUGAAUUCAGAGUUAACAUACUUAAAUGUGUGCUGUAAAAAAGCACACAGAUGAUUGAUUGGUUCUGCUAUGUUAUCAGAACAGUCAUUCAAAUUGUGAUCAUAGGAAAAUGGAUCGUUCUGUUCCAGAAGCAACCUGAUUAUUCUAAUCAUUCAAACCCAUCAUUCUUUUCCCCUCUGCAACCAUGGGUGCUUACUUAAUUCAAUAAUUAUGAUGGACAUUUACCCAACAACAGCCAAAAUUGCACUUUAUUUCCUCUUUGUGAUAAAUUCACUUGAGGAGAUGUAUCUCGUGUCAAAGGAGAAUCUUGCAGUUCAAUUCAGUUCAUCGGGAGGAAACGUCUCACACUCCACAGUGCUACAGUACAACCUGAUCCUGGAUUGUAAAUGCACAGCAGAUAAUGAAGUGCUUGUUUAUUUAACCUGCUAAAACAGACACUUCCUGUUGCCAUUUUGAAAACCUUUUUUUGUGAUCGAUGAAGAUUCAUCUUUGGAAAUCUUGAUUUUGUAGGAUUUUUGUACUGACUCAUCUCUAUAAUCAGCCAUGUACAGCAAAUAUCAUCGAUUCCGUACACCUAACACACCAUGGAGUCACAAAACCAAACUAGUGCUUCCGUCGUUGCUGCUUUGUUGUUAUGAAUCUGCACAAAAAGUGCUUUCCUUCCUUACUGUACCUUCUCUUUAUACCUUCAAUGACAUGCAUUUUCCCCUCCAGAUUAGCAACUGGAAUAGCACCCCUUUCUAUUUUAGGAUGAGCUCGCAUCUUGACUGUUCUUUGACACAUACAAGAAGGAAACAGUUGGUAGAACGUUAAACUUCGGGUGCUAAUGUAAAGUACAAUGCCUACAUUGAUCUGUGCCUGAAACCCCAACUGGCUUGGAGCUGCCUUUGAGCUGCUUGAAUCCACCUCUCCCAGUAUCGCUUCCUGUCACCUAAUGUGAUGUCACAGUAAUGACAUCAGACAGAUUUGAGCAGAGAGGGCGAUGAUGGUUUGGACCUUUGGUUGUUUUCAGGUGGAAGGCCUGUUGUGAGUGUGUGAGUGUGUGUGUAAGUGGGCUGCUAAGAUGUAUGGUUUAAUGAGUGUGCGUGUGGACAUAGUUCACACACGCAUCGCAGAUGUUUGAGAUGAAAUAAUGAUGCACAUUUCCUCCGUUUCCCAAAGCUUUUACUUUCAUCGGACCUGUCAUGUUUUUUUUUAACCAAAAUCGGCCUCUUUUCACCAUGUUUUUAAGACACUUUUGUUUUUUUCUUAUACGAAUAUUUGUAAAGAUUUGUCUUUUGUACAUGACAUCGCUGUUGUAAAGACUGUAUAUAGCCAUCUGCGUCUGCGACAACAAUCACUAAAAAAGGUGGAAAUGUAAAGAAAAGGCUCUUGAAUGCAGAAAAUGGGACUUGAUUGUUUAUGAUUAUCUUCCUCUAGUAGGAAGAAGGAGCACUUGAUUUCUAAGUAGGUCAAGUAAUGUUUGUAUGGCAUGUCUCUAAGCGUAUCACAUGUCUAACAUUGAGCUAUGGAAACAAUAAAGUCAUGUCAUUCUUCAUUAUCUCUUGGCUGUCUGCUGAUGUCAAUGUGUCCACUUGGGGGCGCCAAAUAUUCAUUUUAUUCCAUUUGAGAAAUGCUAAGCGCUACGCGUUCAUGUGCUAUUGUGCAUCUGUAAAUAUUUUGGGGGGAUUUGAGGACUAACAGGCAACAAAUUAAAGCUCAAAGAUCCGACUACGAGUCACAUUUGAGGCAGGUGAGAUAUUUUCCUCAGCUCAAACACUUGUUGGUACUUAAAUACUGACAAGGUAGGCAACUGCUUGGGGCCCCAGCACAGUUGUGGGCUCCCAAGGACUGACACAAAUGUAACUUCUAGUGGCUGCUAUGCAAAGGGGCACCCUGUGAAUUCUUGGCUAGGACCGCAACAGAAUCUAGAAUCGUAUCUGCCCACACCAGCAUAGGGAGAAUAUACAAACUCCACACAGAGAUGUUCCGACUGAGAUUAGAAACCAGAUAUUCAGCCUGUGAGGCUAGCAUGCAAACUACUAGGCCACCAUACAUACACAUGUAAUAACCAAAGAAUUGCUGACCUUGAAUUCAAAUUAAGUUUAAUUUAUGCUUCAUACGCCACUAGCCAGUUACCUGUGAGUACAAACCACAUAUUCGAAGGUAACCCGUAAAGUAAAUGGUACUGUACUUGCAAAGUGCAAUGUUCUUGAGGUGGUAUUUGCCCUGUUGGUCACUGUCACGUAAAAUCACGUUUAUAUUGUUUCGGGAUUAUGAUAAUAUACUGGAUGAUUUUGUGUUAACCAUGGAUGUUGCAAACAUUGAUUUUCUUUUUUGGGCUCAGCAACAGCUGUCUGUUUUCAUAUUUCAAAAGACAGUUUAAAAGUUGACCUGCUCUCAGCAGUGACGUAACAACAGGGGAGGUUCCCAUUUGGGGUGGGCGGUACUGCAAAUGUUACACAGAUGCUAUAGAUCCAAUACCAAGUACAUGCAGGACCAGCAUUGCCUAUACCAAUACUUAUUACUUGAAUUUUUUAAUAAUAUUGUUCCCUUUAUUACAUACAAUUAAGUAAAGAUUUAAAAAACUAUUUCUUCUGUUGUGCUUUUUGCCCUCCUGCGUCCAAGGACUUAUUCCCCUAAGUGACUGUUUGUAAACAAUAUAAAAAAGGUCCUGCUUUUUGUGUUGAUUAUCUUCUGGGACCAACAGUGAAUGUGAGCUAUUGACACACCCAUAAAAAUGUCUAUUUUUGACUCAAUCCUUUCAAUGCUAUCAGUGAAGCACGAAACUACAAACAUGUAAAAAUUGUCAUCAAGGACAGCACACAUCCACAACACUCAUUAUUCACACUCCUACCGUCAGGCAGACGCUACAGGAGUUUGAAGUCCAAGACCACAAGGCUGGCAAACAGCUUUUACCCACAGGCCAUCAGGCUUCUCAACGAAGCACUCACACACGCCCCAAGCAACACAUGCACACACUCAUAGCACUUUAUUUAUUUAUUUAUCUAUUUAUUUGUAUUAAUGUCUCUUCUGUUGUUGUUGCUUAAUUUAUUGGUAUUUAUGUUUCUUAUGUUCUUAUUCUUUCUUGUGUUUUCUUUCUUUUCUUGGGAGAAUGAACAGAAUAAGAAUUUUUUAUUGUAUAGUAUAACUGCUGUUUUACCAUGCA